UUUAUAUUAAUUUAAAAGGAGAUGGGAGGGUGGGGGUAAGACAAGUAUUGUUAAGUGAUUGACUCCGCCUACUAUACAAUCGUUGGAAAAGAGUUGGACAAAAAACUUCUUGAAACUUCUAUGGAUUUCCGCCUUACAUUUCCUUUGAAAGAUCAUGCAAGGUACUCCAAGAUGACGUCUUUAGUACCUUUGUUUUUGGUGUUCCUGAUUUCCGUGGUAGUAUCGGGGUGGGAUAACGAUUUCGAUGAGCCACUCGACGUCCAAUGUUCUUCAUACCUGUUCGCCUUUAGUCGUUUUAAAUCAAAACAUAACAACAAAAAAGAAGACAGGCGCUUCGACCUUGGCUGCAGACAAGUUCCGGCCGCCACGGGUUCAGUGACCUGCGGUUGGUCUGGCUAUGUCAAUGAUUAUGAUGCAUCAAUCCUCUACACCUGUCCAAACCAAGGCUAUAUAAAUGGCAUGCAUAGUAUUCACAACAAUCACCAUGAAGACAGAAGAUUCAAGUUCAGGUGUUGUUCCCCUCCGUCAGGACUUGACCUCAGAAACUGCCACUGGACCGGUUAUGUGAACGACUGGGAUUCCGAUGUCGACUACCAAGUCCCACAUGGUUACGUCAUCAGAGGUGUGUUCAGCAUUCACGACAACCACAGGGAGGACAGACGAUUUAAGUUUGAAAUUUGCCAAUCUGUCUAGCUCUGAAGCAAAAUCUACCCAGGUCCAGAUACCUUACUUUGGUGCAAUAUGUUUUGUCACAAUAAAAGUCAUAGCUAUGGAAAUUAUGUUGUUUUCGUUAUGAACAGCUUUGCAUGAAAGAAGCACAGGCACUUGUUUCUGAGAAAAAAAUUUACCCUAUAGUAUAAUAAUAACACAAGGUAUCUAACUCCGAAUGAGGUAAACCACCCCCUCUCGUGUGUUGCAGUCGUUUUCGCUUUUAUACGAAAUGCAAUGCAAAAGUGUUUAGUACCAUUUUCUUCUACAAUAAAUUAUCUAAACAACCAUAUAUAGCAUGCUUACUUUUGUUGUAUUCUAAUGUGCA